AUGCGCAGACCCUUCUGGCGGCCCAUCGCCGAAAACGGGCUGCGCGCACUCUUAUUUACGGACGACGCUCUUGGACUUCGAGCAACCAGAGAAGUAGUCGACAGAACUUACUCGUUCUCUGCGACACUGUUAGCAGAUGAAAUGAUUAUUUCACUUCAAGGCUGGUUGGCGCGCUGUACGUGGAUGCGGGCUGCCAACGCCGCCGCUGGCCGGAGGUGCGGUGCCGGGCUGACCUGCCUCUGCACACUGCUGCUGCUCGCCGGGGACCUUCCGCAGGCAGGGCAGAGUGCCUACAUCAACCUGACGGCACUUGGCAGGUCCGCGUCCAUUCCGCUGUCCAUGGAUGACGACUCGCCCUACCUGAGAGAUCUCUACUGGCCACUUAACGACUCGUGGCAGCUCGCUGGCUUCGAUGGCGCAGAGGAUGGACACCUCAUCGGUGACUUCCUGGGCGAGUUCCACUCGACACCACGGCCUCUGCUGAGACAGCCCUCCGGUCCUCCGGAGCCGGAGUUCGACUCCGGGCUGGUGACAAACGUGACGGCGCAGCUGGGAGCCACGGCCUACCUGCACUGCCGCGUCAAGAACCUGGGUGAGCACGCGGUCUCGUGGGUGAGGAGGCGAGACUGGCACAUCCUGUCCUCGGGACUCUACACGUACACCAACGACGACCGCUUCCAGGUAACCAGCUUCAACAACCGAGAAGACUGGACGCUGCAGAUACAAUACGUCCAGAAGAGGGACAACGGCACUUACGAAUGUCAGGUGGCGACGGACAACGGCCUGAUGUCGCACUACUUCAACCUACAUGUGACGGUGCCAACAGCGUUCAUCCUGGGUAACGGGGAGUACCACAUCGGGGAGGGUAGCACCAUCUCUCUCGUCUGCAUAAUCGAAAAUAGCGAGACGGCGCCGCGGCCGGUGCUGUGGUGGCACAACGAGCGGCCGCUCGACCAGAGCGGCGUGGCCGGCGUGUCGGUGAUGACGGAGCCGGGCCCGCGCACGCACUCGCGGCUCGUCGUGUCGCACGCGACGCGCGCCCACUCCGGCAACUACACGUGCGCCGCGCCCGACACCCAGCCCGACACCAUCAACGUGUACGUCUCGCAAGGUGACAACACAGCAGCCAUACAGAAGCAAGAAGCAUCCUCCGGGUUUCAUCCGUCGCCGGUUAGGCAUCUUGCCGCUAGUAUAAUAAUUGCCAUCUUGAGGGAACUUAGUCGAUGACGCCAAUUCACGACAGUGCAAGCCCUCGUAGCAUCGGAGGUGCUGGCCACAGUUUGGGAGGGCUGUUGUCACUAAAUCUGUGAACGUGAUCUGAGUGCGUCCUUCCACCAAUCAUCCCACCACAAAUAAACCACUGGAAAUGUGUGGUGGAUUUUUGAACUACCAUCGGACAGAGCGGCGAUAAUAUUCGAGUAAAUCACUGGCUGGAGAACCUCAACAUAUUCCUAAAGAGGGAGAAGAGACGUCUUUGAGAAGUGCAUUCAGCGAAACUAGUUUGGAUUGGAUGGCUGUUUUUCCACGUUCAUUACUUCACGUCUGGAUGCAGUAUUACAGCGACA